AUGGACAAAGAAGAAGCCGCCGCCGUCCUGGGGGUGUCUGGCACAAACGCGGGUGUCGCGAUACCGCAACACCAAGCACGAGAGCAGAAGAUGGAGGAAGAAGAAGAAGAAGAAGAGGAGGAGGAAGGGGAAAAUUCACGAAUGGUCUCGAACAAUAACUCCAACCGCGCCUCUCACAGCGUCGCUCUGCUCCCCACCCCAAAGAUCGCGAUCAGAAUGACCACCAUCAUCCACGUUGCCUUUGGCUGGAACGUCGGCGAUCACAUCACCAACGACCUCCGCAUCCGCAAGCACCAUCCCGAGAAGCGGAUCGCCGACUUCGCCGCCCAGCUCGGCCAGAGAGUUGACUCCCCAAUCGACAUCGUGGAGACCGGCGGGAGCUGGCAUUCCCCAGACCUGGCCUUCGCCCACGUCGACGCGCACGGUCCCGGCAUCGUCUUUGAAAUCGCCUUCUCCAGCCAGAAGAUCCCGUUGCACGAACUCGCCCAAGAGUACAUCGGGGGGUCCAAGGGCGAAGUCCAGACUGUCGUCGCCUUCGACAUCGGCUAUCCUGCCGCCAAGCAGGCCAAGGUCCUGGUCUGGAAGAAGCGAGAGGCCUGGGCGGGCCAGUUACAAGCUGAGCUCGUGCUCGAGGAGGAAUUCCAGAAGGCGGACGGCUCGGUCAACGCAGAGUGCAAGGGCCUGUAUCUCAGUCUGAGCGAUUUCUGCCCCGAGCGCAUGAUCCCAGCGGACGUGAAGCCACUCAUCGACACCCGGACAUACCUGGGUCGCGAGACCGGUAUUUCCAUCUCGCCCAGCCGGCUCUGCCACUUCCUAGCCAUAGCCAAGUGGCAGCGUGAAAUGAUCAACGCUGCCAUGAGGGAGCAAUAA